AUGGACCAAAACCGGGAAGUAGUAUUGACGGAGAUGCACCGGGACCAGAACAUCUUCUCAGGCUUUGACUUGGACUCUGAGGUCGAUUAUCCUCAUACGGCGCCGUUCGGAGACAACUUGCUGGUGCAACUGACGGCUAAACCAAUACCCCUCUCUCCCAACAGCCCUUCAAGACUAGAAGGCCAACCGUUCAGCGAUGAUCCCGCGCAAGACACGGCGGCAAACUGUUGGUUAAGGCGGGCAACAGCGGAUGAAUUAACAAUCUCCAAACACGUCAAGCUGGAAAUCUCAUUGGUGGAAAAGGAGCUACUGGAAAACGACCACCCAGACAAAGUAGAAUGGAAAUACAUGGAGGAGAUGGAGGAUGAUGAUGACCUUUGCGACUUGGAUGACUAA